AUGGCUAUGAUCGCAUGGGUGCGCUUUCGCACUACUCCCACGAUAACGACUAUCGAAACGAUGACCUAUCCGAUCUGGAAGAUACCCUUCCCGGCCGUUACCGUGUGCAACAUCAACAAGAUCGACCGAGAGAAAGCGAACGCCAUCAUUGAACGACUUGUGACCGAGUUUGGUUUGAGCAGAGAAAAUGCCACCGAGCUCCUGGUAGCUCAGGCCAGUUUAAUCAAUUUCGAAGAGGUCAAUCAAACCUACAUGGAACUAGAACAGGUGUUGGGUCGAAUGGGAUGGAAUCCAGCAACGCUGCUGCUCGAGCUAAACCAACCCUGUAAGGAUCUCAUCAAGGUGUGCUACUGGCUAGGGGCGGAAGUACCCUGUCAGGCUAUAAUACGGCGAACGAGAACCGAUAAUGGGUACUGCUGCUCGUACAAUGUGGACGAAACGAUGGAGCCAUUGAUUGCGCCGGGUUAUCAAAACAUCUCCCGCGCGUCUAACCAGAAAUACAGUCCAAAACGACUCUCCGGAGCAGGCCGACAUGUUGGAUUGUCGGUAUUGAUCGAUAUACAGCCGGAUACUUACAUGGCACCGACGAAGUCUUUCUAUGGUGCUGAGGUGUAUAUUCACGAUUCCCAGGAUUUUCCUUCCGAUGCCGACUACGAGCAUGUCAUUCAACCGGGCUGGGAUGUGGCAAUGUCCGUGAUCCCGUUACCGAUCGAAAGCAGCAGUACGAUGCGCCAGGUGCCGGAGGAGAUGCGGAAUUGUUUUCUGCCCGACGAGGACGACAACACGGAGUGGACUGAGAACUUCAACCUGAACGUGUGCCUGUCCGAAUGUCGUCUACGAACCAUCAUCAAACUGUGCAACUGUGUCCCUUUUUAUUACGUCGAUAUGAAUAUUGAAGAAUCGAAAAAUGUAUCCCUCUGUGCACUCGUCAACUCGAGAUGUUUACGAUUUUUUAGAAGAUACUUCUAUAGUCUGCAGCCUGAAACUGAUUCGGAUGGGGAUGUGUCAGAGUUUAAAUUUGGUAUGGCUUGCGAUUGCAAACCACCCUGCUCCGUAUUGAACUACAAUGUGCAAACGAUUGCGAGCCAACGGCAACCCAACGGUUUCCCUUCGGCUAACUUUGGUGGCAGAAAUGUUUCCAUGUACGCCACACUGAACGUACACUUCAAGGACCUGUACUGCGUCAAAUACAAGCGCGAUGCUUACAUGACCUGGGACUCACUGGUGGCCACAUUCGGUGGCAUUUUUGGACUGUGCAUGGGUGGCUCCGUGCUGAGUAUAGUAGAGCUGCUGUACUACUUCACCGUUAAACCGUUCACGGUGUACCAGGAAAAGAUGAAACGGAAGCGCAACGAACGUCCGCAGAUACCUCCGGCACGACGACUGGUCGUUCGUCCUUAUGUGUCUCCGUUCGAUAAGCACCGCUACCCAAUGGGUCAGUUGGCCCGCGGAAGACCCCACGAAAAGAACAUCGUACGCCAAGCGAGCUCGUUGACGGCACCUUUUAAGGACUCCGAUAGAACAGUUCAUGAUUUGGCUUUCAUAUUCUGA